GCUUAGCGUUAAGUAGAUCAUUCGGCUUAGGCCAUUGAAAUAAAUAUUUUAUUCAAAGGCUUUGGGAAUUUCAAUAUUGACUACAAAAACUAUAAUUAAAAAAAAAAGUAAUGUCAUAAUAUCACUUUACGCUAUUCGUGUUAACGUAACGAGGUGCAAGUUGAGUUAGGAUAAACAGUGAUGAACACUUAGAGAUAAACACUUAGUGUCGUCAGGUGAAAUAAACAACUAGCAGCAGAGCAUUUGAAAUCUGAUGGAAGCCAGGACGUUGUGGUGGUGUGUGUGGUUGUCCGCUGCUUCCAUUCUCUCAGCACAGGCACAGGACAAUCUUCAUCAAAAGGGAUGUACCCUCAAGCCCUCGAUGGAACUUGCUCACUGUAUCGCCCCACACCAGUUGGAGGGUGCCGUAGAGCAAGAACUGUACUCACAGAGCGAUGAGACGCAGCUAGCCCAACGUCAGAAGUCUGUCGUCUGCAAGUCUGACGACCCAGCUGGCUGUGGGCGGGACACGAAUACUUUCUCACGUCUCGGGGCGGACGGGGAACAGGAAGUCAUGCAUGGAACAGGAUGUGCUCUAGAUCCGAACAUCGCCUUCUCACCCAUCUUUAAGUGCAGGGCUGGAGUCUGGAUUAAACUAGGCACCUUGAAUGAUCAAACACAGAGCGUAACGUUUGACAGCGGCUACGGGCGGCUGAGAAAGAAAAGGUCGUAUGUUGACAUUCCAGAACAAAGGUGUGGGGAGAGUUGCAGCGGCUGGUGGUUCUGGUGGUCCUGUAGCUGGUCCUGCUGGACCAAUUACCGCAGGAACUACUUGCCGGAGAUCUACUGCCCCGUCAUACCUGACCAAGUUGCCGAGUCGGAGAUGGAUACAAAGAUAGUCCGAUGGAAGCCUGCCAACGCCACAGAUCCAGAAGACGGUCCGCUAAGGGUGCGACAGACGACCGGCCCCCAGUCUGGCACCGCCUUGACAGAAAACACCUACGUCGUGUCGUAUGAAGCGAAGGACAAUGCCGGUUAUGCGGUUUAUUGCAACAUUACCUUCAGGGUUCAAGUCUUGAAGUGUCCGACGUCUUCAGUCAACACAUGCAGCAUUUACUACAUCCCCAACGGCAAUACAUCCUGCACCAGCCACAACUUGUACGGCAGCACCUGCAGCUAUCGGUGCUACGGCAACUACCAGAUAUCGGGCAGCGACGCCACCACGUGCCUUUAUGAUGGGACGUGGAGUGAGGAGAAACCUCGGUGUGUUCUUAACUGUUUAGCACCGGCCAGAGUGCAUCAAGGGGCGUACGAUGGGUGUGGCCCCGAGUAUGUUGUGGGCACCACGUGUGGUCUGUUAUGUAACAGUGGAUACCGUCCGUCAGGCACCAAGUACAUCACCUGUCAGACGACUGGCCAGUGGUCGACGUACGGCUCCUGUCUGGGUAAGGUUUGA